CCGUGACAUUUGGCGAAAUUACUGUUGUGUAUAUCGUGUGAUGUCCUCGUACACAUGGGAAAACAAAGGUUCAUUGAUGACAACCAAGGUAGAUGCUGGGCUGUCCUAAGCAUACAUAGUGGUUCUGCAUAGGCUGUUUUAAAGCAAAAUCAUCAUGCAGCUCAUCACUAGCAUCCUGUUCCCAUUGCUACUGGUAACAUGUAAUGGCGCCGACGUGGCCGACUACGCCGGCUCGGGCCCGGCGUUCGUGCUGGAGGGCGAGCGCCUGUUUGUGGCGUGCCGCGUGGUGGCCUUCAGCCAGAUCAAGUGGCACUUGAACGGCCGGCCGGUGCCGCCGGACGGGGCCGAGUUCGCGGUGAGCACGGUGGAGGCCGACGGCUACCUGCAGUCGAACCUGACUGUGGCGCGCGCCAGACAUGAACACUCCGGACGGUACCGCUGCACCUCGUUCGUCGAUAACUGGUACACGGUGCAGGUGCUCAGCGCCGACAUGAUCAAGACAAACGCCGACGACACGAACGGCUUGGUGGUGCUGGACGGCAAAGACGACCUGAUGCUGGAGUGCAACGCCACGCAGGUGGAUGGCGGCAACGUCUCCUGGUUCAAGUCGACUGAGGGCGCGCCGCGCCAGCCUAUCAAGGCCGACAAAAGGAUCGUCGUCGAGCAGGGAAAGCUGACCAUCAAGGGCCCGCGCGAGGAGGACGCCGGCAACUACACCUGCGUGUUCGCCACCCGCGCCAUCAGCGGCCAGGACCUGGAGGAGACGCUGCACGUCGUCACGAACGUGACGGUGCGCCACGUGGCCAAGUCCAUCAACAAGCAGGAGGACGAAGACCUCUCGAUCAAGUGCCGCGUGUUCGGCAAGCCGACGCCCACCAUCACCUGGACCAAAAACGGCGAGGACGUGUUCAAGAUCAGCAACUCGAGCACGCGGCUCUCUCUGGGGGCGAACGACGAUGGCGUGCCUGAGGCCAAGCUGGUGCUGAAGGGGCUGAUCCGGCCGGACGACUCGGGCGACUACUGCUGUCACGCUGAGAACAUCGCCAACGCCGCCCACGACUGCAUCCUCGUCCGCGUCAAAGACAAGUACGCCGCGUUGUGGCCCUUCAUCGGCAUCGUGGCCGAGGUAGUGCUGCUGACGGCCAUCAUCUACAUCUACGAGAAGAAGAAGAGCAAGCCGGACAUGGACGACAGCGAUACCGACCACGGCAACGACAGGCCGGAGUCGAAGGGCGACGUCCGCCAGCGGAAGUAGCGGCGCCGUGCUGUCGCUGCCAGCGAGGCAUCCGUUAGUUGAGUGCGGCGCGCCAGGGCGCGGUCGGCCGGCGAGCUGAGGCCGAGCAAGGUUCAGCGCCCGCCGAUCACGCUGCGGACGACUGGCGGGUGGGGCUCGCCCAGUAGUCGGCGCCCGCGGCCUGGGCUCCGUAGAACGGGGGUCGGCAGUAGACUAGUCAUAGGUCCUCCUCGCGCGCGCGUGCGUGCGGUGAUUCGGUUCUGGGUGGUGUCCGUGUCCGUUCGAGGGCGCUUGUGUUGCGCGCGUGCCGUCCACCGGUGGCGGAGUGUCCGGCAGCGCGCCGCCUGUAGAGUGCGGGGGAGGCGUGUUCUCUCGGUGUUGGGACUGCGCAGUGCUCGAGAUCCGGCUGGUCCGUCGCCGGGCGGCUAGUCAUGGGGGGCACGAGGGGGUGGCCGGCCCCGCUCCGGCAGUCGGCCAGGUCACAUCACGGCACCAGUCGGUGCCCCCUCCCCGUCCCGCCACUAACGGGGCUCGGUACACGUCGCGCCGGCUCCGCGCCUCAGGCGAGUGGCCGGCCGGCGGCACCCGUCAGGCCUCUAGCCGCCGGAGAGCCGGCCCCGCGCCUCAGGCGAGUGGCCGGCCAGCGGCACCCGUCAGGCCUCCAGCCGCCGGAGGGCCGGCCCCGCGCCUCAGGCGAGUGGCCGGCCGGCGGCACCCGUCAGGCCUCCAGCCACCGGAGAGCCGGCCCCCGGCGCCUC